GGCCGCGCCGGGGGAAGGAGUUUCCGGCGGACUCGCCUUGGAGCCGCUUCCUGUCCCCUUCGCCGCGCCGCCUCACGCUGCUGCCAGACCCCCUCGCUAGGCGCCCGACCUCCUGGCCGUCCCCACAGCGCCCCGGCUCCAUGCAGUCCCGGCUCCUGCUGCUCGGGGCGCCCGGCGGCCACGGCGGCUCGGCCUCCCGGCGUGUGCGGCUGCUCCUGCGGCAGGUGGUGCGCGGCAGGCCGGGCGCCGACCGACAGCGUCCGGAGGUCAGACUGCUGCACUCCGGGGCGGGGGCCGACACAGGGGAUACAGUUAAUAUUGGAGAUGUAUCCUACAAAUUGAAAACACCUAAGAACCCAGAACUUGUGCCACAGAAUUACAUUUCAGACUCUCUGGCUCAAUCUGUAGUUCACCAUCUAAGAUGGAUAAUGCAGAAGGAUCUUUUGGGGCAAGAUGUCUUUCUAAUAGGACCUCCUGGACCUCUUCGCCGCUCUAUUGCUAUGCAGUACUUGGAGCUGACCAAGCGAGAGGUUGAAUACAUUGCGCUGUCAAGGGACACGACGGAAACGGAUCUCAAACAGCGGCGGGAGAUCCGCGCAGGCACGGCUUUUUACAUUGAUCAGUGUGCAGUCCGCGCAGCCACAGAAGGCAGAACUCUGGUUUUGGAAGGCUUGGAGAAGGCGGAGAGGAACGUUCUGCCUGUUUUGAACAACUUGUUGGAGAACAGAGAGAUGCAGCUUGAAGAUGGACGCUUCCUGAUGUCUGCUGAACGUUACGACAAACUUCUCCAAGAUCAUACUAAAACAGAGUUGGAUGCAUGGAAGAUUGUCCGAGUCAGUGAAAAUUUCCGAGUGAUUGCCUUAGGUUUGCCGGUGCCGAGGUACUCUGGAAAUCCACUAGAUCCCCCUCUCCGUUCUCGAUUUCAAGCCAGAGAUAUUUAUUUUCUACCCUUCAAGGACCAACUUAAACUGUUAUAUUCUGUUGGAACCAAUGUAUCUGCUGAGAAAAUUUCUCAACUCUUGUCCUUUGCCACAACUCUCUGUUCCCAAGAAUCUUCUACUCUUGGACUUCCAGAUUUUCCUUUAGAUAGUUUGCCAGCUGCAGUUCAAAUCCUGGAUUGCUUUCCUAUGAUGUCAAUCAAGCAUGCAAUUCAAUGGCUUUAUCCAUACAGUAUUUUACUAGGACAUGAAGGGAAGAUGGCUGUGGAAGGUGUCUUAAAACGCUUUGAGCUCCAGGAUUCAAAAAGCCCUCUGCUUCCCAAAGAGAUAGUAAGAGUGGAGAGGAUGACUGAAAGCCCUGUCUCGCAGGCUUCUGUGACCAUACAAAUUGCAGGAACGGAGGUGACCAUCAAGGUGCCAGCUGGGACCAGACCAUUGAGUGAACCUUGUGCAUCAGACUGCUUCAUCCAGACUUUAGGCCAUAAGCAGCUCCUGGCUGAAAUGAUGCAGUCACACAUGGUUAAGGACAUAUGUUUAGUGGGAGGAAAGGGUUGUGGAAAAACAGUCAUUGCUAAGAACUUCGCUGAUACCUUAGGAUACAACAUAGAACCUAUUAUGCUGUAUCAGGAUAUGACUGCACGUGAUCUGCUACAACAGAGAUACACUCUUCCAAAUGGAGACACCGCCUGGCGGUCUUCCCCUCUUGUGAAUGCAGCCCUGGAAGGCAAGCUGGUCUUGUUGGAUGGCAUUCACCGGGUCAACACCGGCACACUUGCUGUAUUGCAGAGGUUAAUCCAUGAUCGAGAGCUAAGCCUCUAUGAUGGCUCGAGGCUGCUGAGAGAAGACAGGUAUAAGCGUUUAAAAGAGGAGCUACAAAUGUCAGAUGAGCAGUUACAGAUGAGAUCCAUUUUCCCUAUCCACCCCAGCUUCAGAAUCAUUGCCAUGGCAGAGCCCCCUGUUAUUGGAAGUGCAACACAGCAAUGGCUGGGACCAGAAUUGUUAACCAUGUUCUUUUUCCAUUACAUGAAGCCACUUGUCAAAAGUGAAGAAAUGCAAGUGGUGAAGGAAAUGGUUCCAAACACACCUCAGGAAGCAUUGGACAAGUUGUUGUCAUUUACGCACAAACUCAGGGAAACACAGGAUCCAACGGCACAAUCAUUGGCAGCGUCUCUUUCCACAAGACAGCUGUUGCGGAUUGCUCGGCGGCUGUCACAGUAUCCUAAUGAAAAUCUUCAUGGUGCAGUUACUAAAGCCUGCCUUUCCAGGUUCUUACCAAACCUUGCUAGAUCAGCAUUAGAAAAAAAUCUGGCAGAUGCUUCAAUAGAAAUAAAUGCUGAUGAUAAUCCAGAACCAGAACUAGAGAACUACAAAUGUGAAGUGGUGUCUGGAUCUCUGAGGAUCGGCACUGUGAGCGCACCUGUCUACAAUGCCCAUGAGAAAAUGAAAGUGCCUGAUGUUCUCUUCUAUGACAAUGUUCAGCACAUGGUGGUGAUGGAAGACAUGCUCAAAGACUUUCUCCUUGGAGAACACUUAUUAUUGGUUGGUAACCAGGGUGUAGGAAAAAAUAAGAUUGUGGACCGAUUCCUUCACCUGCUCAAUAGACCCCGAGAAUAUAUCCAGCUGCAUAGGGACACCACAGUACAAACUCUUACUCUUCAGCCUUCUGUUAAAGAUGGACUUAUUGUGUAUGAAGACUCACCUUUGGUUAAAGCAGUAAAGAUGGGUCAUAUUCUGGUAGUAGAUGAGGCAGAUAAAGCCCCAACAAAUGUCACUUGUAUUUUAAAAACUCUGGUAGAAAAUGGAGAAAUGAUUCUAGCAGAUGGAAGACGCAUUGUUGCAAAUUCUGCCAAUGUAAAUGGAAGAGAAAAUGUUGUAGUGAUUCAUCCAGACUUCAGAAUGAUUGUUCUUGCCAACAGACCUGGAUUUCCUUUCUUAGGCAACGAUUUCUUCGGUACCUUAGGUGAUAUUUUUAGCUGUCAUGCAAUUGAUAACCCCAAACCCCACUCGGAGCUUGAGAUGCUCAAACAGUAUGGACCAAAUGUCCCUGAGCCCAUCCUUCGGAAGCUCGUGGCUGCCUUUGGAGAGUUGAGGAGUUUGGCUGACCAGGGGAUCAUCAAUUAUCCUUACUCGACCAGGGAAGUUGUCAACAUCGUGAAACACUUAGAGAAAUUUCCCACUGAAGGCCUCUCCAGUGUGGUUCGGAAUGUGUUCGACUUUGAUUCCUAUAACAACGACAUGAGGGAGGUUUUGAUUAAAACUUUACACAAAUACGGGAUUCCCAUCGGAGCAAAACCUACCAGCGUGCAGCUGGCAAAGGAGUUACCUCUGCCAAAGCAGACGUUCAUGGGCUACUGGACAGUUGGUCAGGGAGGAACUGGAAUGCAGAGACUCUUGUGUCCCGCAGAAACUCAUCAUAUAGACAUAAAGGGCCCAGCAACUGUAAACAUACAGGAGUUUCCAAUAGAAAGGCAGGAAGAAAGAUCCCUAAACUUCACGGAAGAAUGUGCUUCCUGGAGUUUCCCAUUGGAUGAAAUUAAUUUAGUCUGCGAUAUUGCUACAUCCCAUGAUAAUGAGGAAAAUAUUCUGUACGUAGCAGCAUGCAACCCAGUUUCCUUGUACUUCAUGAAUAUGGCUGGGAAAAGUGGCUACUUUGUGGACUUUUAUGACAUCUUCCCAAAACUGACCAGUGGAGUUUGGCAUCCAUUUGUGACAGUAGCCCCACUAGGAGGUCCCCUCAGAGGUCAAGUGAUUCUCCAUGAGGAACAGAGUAAUGUCAUCCUGUUGUUGGACACUCCAGGCCGGGCCCUUCGGCGUCUCAUCCUCCCUUCACAAGAAGUUACGUCCAAGAAGUCUUCCUGGUUGUACAAGCAGGAACCUGAAACUUAUAAAAUGUGUAAAGAAUUUGCACACAAAAACUGGCUAGUUUUCUACAAAGAAAAAGGGAACAGUCUGACGGUGCUGGAUGUUCUAGAAGGACGAACUCACACUAUCUCGCUUCCCAUUAACCUCAGUGCGGCUUUCCUUGUAGCGGAGGACAAAUGGCUUCUGGUGGAGAGCAGAACAAAUCAGAAAUACCUUUUAACUAAGCCAGCACACAUUGAAUCUGAGAACAGUGGAGCAUGCCAGCUGUACAUGUUGAAAGAGGAACUGCCUAGUGCAGGGUUUGGAGUUACACAAGAAACAGAAUUCAGCAUACCUCAUAAAAUUUCAAGUGACCAACUCUCAUCUGACAAUCUAAGUUCAGCUGUGGGACAAAAGAUUGUCUCUCCCAACCGAAUCCUCUCAGAUGAGAACAGUUAUGCUACAGUAGUAGUUGGUUUUCCAGAUCUCAUGUCACCUAGUGAAGUUUAUUCUUGGAAGAGGCCAUCAUCUUUGCAUAAAUCAAAUGUCACUGAUACAGCAUUCUAUGGAGGAAAGAAGAAAAGUGGGACCCCAAAACAGAGCAAUUGUGUGACUCUUUUAGAUACCAAUCAGGUAGUAAGGAUUCUCCCCCCAGGAGAUGUCCCUCUAGGAGAUAUCUACCCCAAAGAUGUUACCCCUCCACAAACAGCUGGUUAUAUAGAAGUCACUGAUCUUCAAUCAAAGAAACUGCGAUAUAUCCCUAUUCCCAGGUCAGAAUCUCUCUCGCCAUAUACCACAUGGCUGUCUACCAUUUCUGACACAGACGCACUGUUGGCUGAGUGGGGCAAAAGCGGCGUUGUUACUGUUGAUAUGGGAGGUCGCGUCAGGCUUUGGGAAACUGGGCUGGAGCGUCUGCAGCGAUCCCUCAUGGAGUGGAGAAACAUGAUUGGACAAGAAGAUGACAGGCAUAUGCAGAUAACAAUCAACAGAGACAGUGGUGAAGAUGUGAGCUCCCCCAAACACGGGAAGGAAGACCCAGACAACAUGCCCCACGUGGGCGGCAACACUUGGGCUGGAGGAACAGGGGGACGAGACACUGCAGGCCUGGGGGGCAAAGGCGGUCCCUACCGGCUGGAUGCAGGACACCCAGUGUACCAGCUCUCUGAUGCUGAGAAAGACGCGGUGCCUGAGGAGGUCAAGAGAGCCGCCAGGGAGAUGGGACAGAGAGCCUUCCAACAGAGGCUGAAAGAGAUCCAGAUGAGUGAAUACGAUGCUGCAACCUAUGAAAGGUUUUCAGGUGCCGUUCGAAGACAAGUGCACUCCCUCCGGAUCAUCCUGGAUAAUUUGCAGGCUAAAGGGAAAGAGCGACAGUGGCUGAGACACCAAGCUACUGGAGAACUAGAUGACGCCAAGAUCAUUGAUGGGCUGACUGGAGAGAAAGCCAUCUACAAACGCCGGGGUGAUCUGGAGCCACAGCUGGGCAGCCCGCAACAGAAACCCAAACGUCUACGGCUGGUGGUGGACGUAUCUGGCAGCAUGUAUCGCUUCAACGGGGUGGACGGCCGGCUCGAGCGGUCCAUGGAGGCUGUGUGUAUGGUCAUGGAAGCCUUCGAGAACUAUGAGGAAAAGUUCAAGUAUGACGUCGCUGGGCACUCUGGAGAUGGCUACAACAUUGGUCUCGUUCCGGUUAACAAAAUCCCCAAGGACAAUAAGCAAAGGCUAGAAAUUCUGAAGACAAUGCAUGCCCACUCCCAGUUCUGCAUGAGUGGGGACCACACGCUAGAGGGGACAGAACACGCCAUCAAGGAAAUUGUCAAAGAAGAAGCUGAUGAGUACUUUGUCAUAGUCUUGAGUGACGCAAAUCUGUCGCGAUACGGAAUACAUCCUGACAAGUUUGCCCAAAUCCUAACAAGUGACCCUCAAGUAAAUGCCUUUGCCAUUUUUAUCGGAUCUUUAGGUGAUCAAGCAGCCAGGCUUCAGAGGACUUUGCCAGCUGGCCGGUCUUUUAUUGCCAUGGAUACCAAGGACAUCCCUCAGAUUCUACAACAGAUCUUCACCUCCACUAUGCUGUCGGGUGUUUAAGGGACAUCCUUGGGCACCCCGAUGACCCCAGGACUGGAAAUAAGGCAGGAAUAAAGAGCAUUCUGAAGAAAAGCAGACUGGAUCAUUCUGGGAUUCCUGGGUCUCCCCACACUUGCUCAGGAGUCGAGACUGAGACAAACAGAUGGGAGGAAAUCUACAACCGCUGAUGAGUUUAGAACUCAUUCAAGGAAGCAAGUUGACCUGCAUUUUACGAAAGGUCAGGGCAAAGGAAGGUGCUUGGUCUCUGUUUCCUAAACCCAGCGGGAUGAGGAAUCCUGUGCCUUUGCCAUCAUACAUCAUCUGUCACCUGAGAUAAGGGGCCACCCCACCAAAGGGGCCCACAUGCUGCCGUCCAGUGAUUGGUUCUGCUUUCUCCCCACUCUGCACUGCCCAGCAAAACAAAGACUGUAUAGCAUGGAACCCACUGAAAAUCUUCCCAACAGCAGUAUUUCAUAAAAGGUUGCAUUUUCUCAAUAAUUCCAUCUUCUUGGCCAAGGCCAAAAGGAGUCAAAAGAGCCUGCGAGUGCCUGUUCUCCCACGUGACUUUUCAAAGGCUCUUUACAUAAGAAAGAGCGAACGGCUUGUUCUGCUGCCAGAGUGGACGGAUAAAGACGUCUGGCCCCAGGCUCCUGUUUUUCUUGUUCUCCUAGCGCCUCCCCAAAGUUUCAUUUGGUGGAAGGUUCAAUCCAACAGAUGCUCAGGAGGAAAAGUAUUUAUUGAGAACAUUCAUAUAAAAAUUACUGAAAGCAAAGUAAAAGGCGGUAGAAUUGCAAUAAACUGAUUGUGGAUUUCUGUAGCUGUAAAAAAAAUUUUUUUUCAAGCCUCAUUCUUUUUUCUUUCAAAGCGUACCUUAUUCCUACGCAUUCUUGGCCUGACCUUCUUCUGUAGGCGCGAUGUCAAUUUGUUUAAUGUCAAAUGCCUCAGCCAAAGCCAGUGUCUCUGCAGCUAGACUCCUCCAAUAAAAAGCUCAUCUUCACAGGGACGGCAGAGUCAGAGACACUGGAGACCGCAGGGGAUGUGUGCUUUCUUGUGAGUUGGAAAAAUGAGUCCUGUUAAUAAUUUUGUCUGAUUCACCCUUAUAUAAUGAAAUUGUACGGGCCCAUAAUUUCAUUGUAAUGGAGAACAGAAGAAAAGAUAACACCAUUUAUUCUACCACCGCUUCUCCCUCUCAUUAAGUGUCAGAGAAAUAGAAGCAAUCAGAUUUCCAGUGCAGUUUUAUUACCCAGCGUGUUUGUAUGGCUUGUCUUGUUAUCUGGCCAAAUGCUUGCUUCGUGUAUUGGAUCCACCAAUGAUGCAAGCAGUUUCAAUCUAAUAAGUACCUCUAACACGUUAUUGCAUUAAUAACAACCACAGCUAGUGUUUAUUGCCUAUUGCUGUACUGUAGGUGUAUUCCAAGUGAUUCCAUACAUUAGUUCAUUCAGUCCUCACAACACCAAUGCAAGAUGGGUAUUUUUUAAGAUUCCUAACACAACCAACUCUUCAUAUUCCUGGAUUCUGCAUCUAUGGAUUCAACCAAGCUAGGAUCAGAAGUAUUUGGGGAGGAAAAAUUACAUCUACGCUGAACACAUGUAGGCUUUUUUCUUCUUAUUGUUCCCUGAAGAUUAUAGUAAAACAACUGUUUAUGUAGCAUUUACAUUGCAGUAAAUAAUGAAGGUAAUCUGGAGACGAUUUGUAGUAUGCAGGAGGAUGUGUGGGAGUUGUGUGCAAAGCCCACACCAUUUUAUACUCAUAGAAGGGGUCUGGACAUCUGUAAAUUUUUGUCUGCAAGGAGGGUCCUGGAACCAAUCUUCAGAAAGAACCCCUGAACUACUUUCCACUCUUCCUUUUACUGGUAACUCAAGAAAGUGGGCCGCACUCACAGCCAGGCAGGGGCAAAGCUGAGCUUGUGACCCCAUCCCUUCAGUACCGGUGGACACACUUCACACUACGUGUGCUACUCCCACUGCCUUUCCCCUUCCAGCAGUUUCUCUUCCUGUCCCCUGUCCCAGGUGCAGAGAGCCUUCUCCUCUCCUGUCUACCAGAAGCCUGGAGGCUGGGGGACCACUUCCAACUGCCCCUUCCUUCCUGGGUCCAGCCGAGAGCUGAGGAAGUGGCCGCUUCCCCCGCAGUGGGGCCCCUUUGCUAGCCCCAGAGAGACUUCCGAAGUGACUCAAGACCCCAGGGUGAUGAAAGGAACAGCCUUUUAACAAAUCCUCCCCAUGCAAAGUAACUACCUGAGUAAGCAGAAGCCCCUCUUUUUUUAUUUCCUUUUGACAUGGAAAGAAUGUUCUCAAGUAAUUUAAUUUCCCUUUCCAGACUAGCCAGACAUCCUUUGCAAUUGUUAUUUAAAAAAAAAAGAAGAAGAAGAAGAAGAAAGAAAUAGAACUCCUGGGCUUCCCUUAUUUGUAAAAGGAAAGGAUCGUGGGGGAGGGGAGCGGGGCGUGAGAUGAUGGGUUUGUUUUCACUUAUUGCAAUACCUAAGAAGUGUGUGCAUUUAUUAUUAAAUGUGCUUCAUUACGGGCCACUCCAGACUGUUCCCAGGACCUUCUUGGGGCCAGGACGUUAUAAUAAAUGCAUUGUGUGCCCCAGGGGGCUCCGCUGAAA